AUGCUCCAGCGUUAUUCGGGAACCCUCCUGCUGGUGAGUCAUGAUCGCUCUUUGCUUGACGGCGUCUGCGAUUCCUAUGUCGUGAUGCAGGCAGACGGCAGCCAACCGCAGGUGUGGACUGGCUCCUUCAUGGAGCUUCUCCAGUCGCAGCGGAAGCAGAGGACAUCUGCUGAGAGCCCCUCCGUUGCCAAGUCGAAGCCUCCAUCCACAAAAUCCAAGCCCAAGUCGGACAAGAAGGCGGAGAGGGCAAUGGUCCGGCUGGAGAGGGAGAUCUCCCUGAUUGAGGAGAAGCUUGCCUCCGUAGACGAAGCCAUGGCAGAGGCUUGGGAUAAGCCAGACGAACUGGAAGAGCUCAUGGCUGAGCGCGAUGAGCUCGACAAGGCCCAAAGUUUGGCCUACGAACGCUUCGAGGAGUUGAUGGCUGGAUAG